CCGUUUUUGGAACUACUUUUCAUAAAAUGACCGAAAACUGAGAACUGUGUUCAUACAUAUUUUUAGUUGCUGUUUUCAAACGAUAUAAAAUGGAUUGUAAAGUGAUAUCCUGUAUUUUCAACAUACUCCUUCUCAAUAAUGUGGUGUUUUGCCACGAUCCUACGAUCUAUAUGAAGUACACAUUUCCUGACACCAGGAAGGUGGACGGCUACAACACCAUCGUGGUCGAGAAGGAUAAAGACUGUACACUGUCCUGUGUCAUCGACAAGAAACCAAAAACUAGCGAGCUGCAAUGGGUUGCCCAGAUUUACCGGUCGAACACGACCAUCGCCAUCUCGACCUCCACGGACACUCAAAACUCCUUCAAAUACCAGCUGGACAAGCCGGCCACCAACAUCUUCCGCCUCAAGGUUCAGAACGUUCAGGUGGACGACCAGGGGCUGUACAUAUGCCGCGUUCAACUGCAUACACAACAGUUUGCUAAUGUCAGCAGGAUGAUCAAGGUCGUUCAGCGACCCCAGGUGAUCGACAUCUUCACGAGUUCAAACAUGGUGAAGGAAGAAGGCGCCCCUACGGAACUAAAAUGUGCCGCCGACGGGAUCCCGAAACCCCUAAUAUCCUGGGAAAGGGCCGGUGGUGGCAUUCUGCCGUCAGGAGGCAGGGAACUAGUUUCCUCAAGUCUGAAAAUUAGCAAGGUAAAUCGCGAACACCAAGGUGUGUACAAGUGCAUCGCCAAGAAUACUGCCGGGAUGGACGUCCGUCGGAUCAAACUAGACGUCAAAUUCACUCCCCGAUUGGCCAGCAAAGCCCGGGAGGUGUUCCAGGCUGUCGGGUAUAAACGUGAGCUCAAAUGUGAGGCAUCCGGCAACCCGACGCCGACCAAAGACCAGAUGAUGUGGUUCAGGAACGGGAAUCUUCUGUCGGCGGGGAAAAAGUACACGUUUGAGAACUACUUCGGCUCGAACUACGUCCUGAUGAAGAUGAUCAUACACGACAUUGUGGCCGAGGACUACGGACAAUACAGCUGCUAUGCCGAAAACAUGCAGGGGUCCGGAGAAACCACGAUCCUCUUGACAAGGUCCGACACGGAAGUCCCUGACAGACUGGUGGCCCCAAGCACAGGACACUUGCUAUCGCUCUCCUGGACUUUAAUAUUCACGCAGUUCAUGUACAUGGUCUUGAUAGUUCCACUCUCUAAAUGAGAUGUUGUCUCAUAUUGUCAUAAUAAUUAUGUUUUUGUCAUUGUUUUUUUCUUUUGCUGAGACAUUUAUGUUAAAGAUUAUGUUGUGUGUUUGUGCAUUUAACAUGGUCUUAGUAGUGUGACCUAUUGGCAGGACCAGUAACACAGUCAAUAAUGCACCAGUCAACUGUAACCACCGUCCCCAGGUCCGUGGGUAUACCGGGGAUAGCCGGGGAAAUGGGCCGUGUUUUUCCCUUCCAGGUGACUCCGCAGUGUCGGGUGAAUGCGGUGGUUUUGUUUUCCCGCGGGGAAUGGGCCUUUAUAGGGUCCCUGGGGUGCGGGGGCAUUUGGCGGGGAUUUUACCUGCAGUUUGUCCGCGCAGAUCGGAGAUUUUACCAGGGCUUGGCUAGACCGAAAGUCAAAGUCCCCGCUUUUCCCCGAACCUUGGGGAGGGGGAAUGGGGGGGGGGACAAUUGACUGGUGCAUAACACCAAAUGAAGUCAAACAACGUCUUUCAUACACAUUGCUAAAGUGAUAGUUUAUAAAUGAUACACUACUAAAAGCCUAGUUAAACAGUCUGAAACUAGCAAACCUCCCUAAUCCUCCUCGAACAGUCCAAACAUCUGCCUUGUAUAGCAUUCCUACGCGAAAUGAUAUUGCCAUGAUUCAAUAGUUGAUGCAA